AUGCAACUGAAUCUUUACUAUGUGUUGCCGCUGCGCCAAACCAAAGUCCAGAGGCUCAAGAAAACAAAAGAAAGGUUUCCCAGCAUGGAUGCCCCAAGACAAAGCCCACCCACUUGGACACCAGACCGGCCUACCCAAGGGGGAGUCCAGAUAGGGGGAGGAGGUGGGACACAGAGCGGCAUGGAAUUCAUCUUGUCUGCUCACAGUCAGUCAACAACAGAGUGGUGGAACACCCCAGACUUCACUGAACAGCAAGUGCUGAGGUUUGAUGAAAAUAAAAAAAAAACCAACUCCUUCUGCCCAGUGCAGCUCCUGUGCCUUUGCGAGCUGCACCUAGGGGCCGCGGGGACAGAGACUGAGUUGUCCUCAUUGCAGCAGGCCCAUAAAUCAGCACCUACAGAUUACUGGAGCAUCCUCUCCUUCCUGUUUGCCCUUCAGGAGAUCAAUCGGAAUCCCGGGAUCCUGCCCAACAUCACUCUGGGCUACGACGUCUACGACAACUAUUAUGAUGCCAGGAUGACCAGUGAUGCCCUGCUAGACCUGCUCUCCCCGGGGCAAGAGAACGUUCCGAACUACCAGUGCGGAGGAAAGAAGAAUCUCUUGGCGGUUCUCGAAGGGACUAAAUCCGAAAUCUCCAUCCAGAUUUCAAAUAUGAUGGGCAUCUACAAAAUCCCACAGGUCAGUUUUGGGUUUGUUUCCUACGUUCUUAAUGAUCCGGCUCAGUUCCCUUUUUUCUUCCGGAUGGUUCCCAAAGAGGAACAGCAAUACCCGGGGAUUGUCAAACUGCUCCUGCAUUUCCGAUGGACGUGGAUUGGUCUCAUUGCCCCAGGCACCGAUGAUGGAGAACAGUUCAUGAGACUCUUCCCUUCUGUGGUCAUUCCUCAAGGCAUUUGUGUGGCCUUUUCGAUGAUCAUGCCCGCAACCAUAUGGAAUAUUUAUGAUGCCUACCGGCUUCAAGGUUUCCUGCGAAAUAUCCCACUUUACAAUACUUCUAUGGGUGAAGUGUAUUUGGAUGAGAAUGGGGACCUAGAAGUGGAUUUUGAUCUCAUGCAAUGGGUGGCAUUUCCCAAUGGGUCCCAAGCUGGAGUGAAAGUGGGGAGUGUAGAGCAACAGGCAUCAUCAGACCCCAAAUUCAGUAUCAUGCAGGACUCCAUCUUGUGGCCCAACAAGUAUGUGCCCCGUUCCAGGUGUACAGACAGCUGUCGGCCUGGAAACGCCAAGGUGGCUCAGGAAGGGAAGGCAUUUUGCUGCUACGACUGUUUUCCAUGCCCGGAAGGGACCAUCUCCACACAGGAAGAUGCAGCGCAGUGCUCCCGCUGUCCAGGACAUCAGCAUCCAAACAAAGAUCAAACUGAAUGUGUCCCCAAGACGACAACUUUCCUGACCUAUAAAGAAUCUGUUGGGAUCAUUCUGGUGUUCUUUUCCAUCUUCCUGUCCUUAAUCUCUGGUUUGGUGUUAGGCCUGUUCAUUAAAUUCCUGGACACUCCCAUCGUCAAAGCCAACAACCGGGACCUCUCCUACAUUCUCCUGGUCUCCCUCCUGCUUUCCUUUCUCUCCUCCUUUCUGUUCAUCGGCCAGCCAAGGAAGGUGACCUGCCUUCUCCGACAAACCACCUUCAGCAUCAUCUUCUCGGUCGCCGUCUCUUCAGUGUUGGCCAAAACCGUCACUGUGGUGGUGGCCUUCAUGGCCACCAAGCCAGGGAACAGGAUGAGGAAAUGGCUGGGGAAGAGUCUGGCCAACUCCAUUGUCAUGUCUUGUUCUGCUGUCCAAGUUGUCCUCUGUGCCCUCUGGCUGGGAAUCUCUCCCCCCUUCCCAGAGUCUGACAUGCACUCCCAGCCUGCACACAUCAUCCUGCAAUGCAACGAAGGGUCUGUUGCCAUGUUUUAUGGUGCCCUGGGCUACAUGGGCUUCCUGGCUGCCAUCUCCUUCAUUGUGGCUUUCCUGGCCAGGAAGCUGCCUGGCGCCUUCAAUGAAGCCAAGCUGAUCACCUUCAGCAUGUUGGUCUUUUGCAGUGUCUGGGUGUCCUUUGUGCCCACGUACCUGAGCACGAAGGGGAAAUACAUGGUGGCUGUGCAGGUCUUCUCCAUCUUGGCCUCCAGUGCUGGCCUGCUGGGCUGCAUCUUCCUUCCCAAAUGCUACAUUAUUGUACUGAGGCCUAAUCUGAAUACUAAGGAGCAUCUAAUGAUAAAAGUGUAUUGA